AUCCUAUCGGCUUCCGUACGUGUGUAACUGUCAACAUGUUCAGCAUGGCGUCCUCUGUAAGGGCAGCUACACGUCUUUCCUCUUUUUAUCUGUUUAUGUCUUCCAGUCACAAUGUCAGCAGUGGGUUUAGUUGGUCCUGCCGGCUCUGCUCCUCUCGAGCGGUCAGGAGCAGUCUGUAUGAACACGUGCGGGAAGGUUACAGUCACAAACCUGAACUGGACAUGCAGCGCGUGUGUGAGGAGCCUGACGCAGUGAAGGCAGAUCUGGAGCAUCGGAAAGGAGAUCUACGAGCAGCUGAUGUCGGAGUCAUAAUCUCAGUCUGGAAGAAACUACAGGAGGUGCAGAAAGAAAUCUCUGAUUUGGAGACGAGGAAGAAUGUGAUCAGUGCCAAAGUCCGCGCUCUUGUGGAUGAACAUGACAAAUCUACUUUGGCUAGUCUAAAGGAGUACACAAGUGCUAGAGAAGAGGGUCGAGCAAUCAGAGAGAAACUUGGUCAGUUGUAUGUGCAAGAGGGGGAGCUGGAGAAAGAACAUUACUGCCGUGCCUUAAGAUUGCCCAACAGAUCACAUCCAAGUGUGCCCAUAGGGGAUGAGAGCCAUGCAAGAGUGGUUGAAUUGGUUGGUGAGAAACAAGAAUUUGAUUUUAAACCAAAAGGCCACCUGGAAAUUGGAGAGAGUCUUGACAUCAUAAGACAAAGACGGCUCGCCCAUGUGUCCGGGCACAGGUCAUACUAUCUCAGAGGUGCGGGGGCCACACUUCAGUUUGCCUUGCAAAAUUAUACUAUGGAUUUUCUCCAGAAACGCGACUUUAUUCCCAUGGUUGUUCCAGACAUGUUGAAAUCAGUGGUUUUUGAGGGUUGUGGGAUGCAACCUAAUGCUCAUAAAUCACAGGUGUACUCUCUGGACCCGUCACGCUUUCCUGACCUUAAUCUUGCUGGUACUGGGGAAGUAGGAGUGGCAGGCUAUUUCAUGGAUCAUGCUGUUAAUUUCAAGGAUUUACCCGUCAGGACAGUCUGUAGUAGCACAUGCUAUCGAGCAGAAACAGAUACUGGCAGAGAGGCCUGGGGGCUCUAUAGAGUUCAUCAUUUUAACAAGGUUGAAAUGUUCGGUGUGACUUCGAAUGAAACGGGAGAGGAAAGUGCGCAAUUGUUGGAUGAAUUUGUCAUGUUACAGAAGGAGAUUUUCUCUUCUCUGAAACUUCAUUUCAGAGUCUUGGAUAUGCCCACUCAAGAAUUAGGGCCUCCUGCCUUUCGAAAAUAUGAUAUUGAGGCAUGGAUGCCAGGACGUGGCGGCUUCGGAGAGAUUUCCAGCGCCUCAAACUGCACAGACUACCAGAGCCGGCGCCUUAACAUUCUCUAUGAGGGAAAUGAUGGAAACCUUAAAUAUGCACAUACGGUUAAUGCUACGGCUUGUGCUGUUCCACGCACUGUCAUUGCAAUUUUAGAGACACACCAAACCAAGGAAGGGACAGUUCUGGUUCCUGAAGUCUUGCGGCACUACCUCGGCUUGGAAGUUAUAGAAAAACCUAAAUACACUCCUGUUAAAUAUAUAGGACCAAACCAACCCAAGCGUCAUACCACAAAAUAACUCCUUAAUAGUAUAUCAGACUUCAGUGAAGUACAGUGAAUGCAGUGCAAAUAGGUCUUUGAAAAAAAUCUUGACCAAGGGCUCAUCAGGUAAUCACAAGAAAGACUAUGGGUGCUCCAGAGAGGGAACAAAUUGUCAAAAACAAAAAGUGGAUCCCAUUGCAAAAAAACAAAUCCACAUCCAUGCACUCACAUAGCAAGCAAAGUAAAAAGCCUUUAAUUAUAAGACAGGGCUACAUAUUAAAAAACACAAACGUGUACCAGCCCAAGCACGCUUUCAUCAGGCAUUUAAUCAACACCCUGAUGAAGACCUGCUUGGGCUGAUACACAU